AACGCAUCCGCAUUGAGCCACGCGAAAGUUAUCCCACUCCCCUCUCGCUCCCAUCAUCAUCAUCAUCCCUCCUGCUCCUCCUCCUUCCUCGGCGAUGUACAUUUGUGUCAAUCCAGAGAACCCACCCAACAAGCUACGUUCAAAUGCAGUGAGCGCGCUGCGCCGUUUUGUCAACGUUUUAAUUCGGUUGUAGUUCUGCAUUGUCCACGUUGUUGUUGGCGUUAUUGUUGUUGGCGUCGUUGAAAGUGACCGUCCAGGCUAGAGAGGCAUGCAAUGGGGCACGAGUUAACCGUGAAUAUUGUAAGACGCCGAGGAGGAACAUCGAUGGGGAGGAUGAUGAAGAUGAUGAUGGUGGUGAUGUUGGUGGUGGUGAUGGCACUGAUGAUGAUGAGAAUGCCUCUCGUACUUUGAACUUUCUGCUUUGCCGUCAAAUCCGAGGUGUGUGUACCGUGUUCGACUCAACACAAGCGUCGUCUUCCACCCUGGACACUGUGCCACGCAUCUUACAUCGUCACAUCGUCGCUCCUUCGCCUGCUGGAGAUUCUGAGCGAAACGUCGCAAUCCUGGGCCCCCCCCAAGUGGCACCUGUGGCCACGAGUCGUCGUCACCUGUGCAUGGCUGCUGCUGCUGAGAGCGAGUUGAUGAUCUCUCUUCCUCUGUCUCUGUCUCGGCUUUUGUUUAAAACGAAAACAAUCGGCGGUUGUUGUGGUGGAGAGGAAGAGAGGGACAUGUCCGUGGACGAGGUUUAAACUCGAGGGCGACUCGUCAACUCGUUUAGCCGCUGCAGGGAGCUAGAGGCGCAGCCUGGCAACUGCGAGCUGCCGGGACCCUGAGCGGGAGGUAACUCCGUCACCACCAACAACAACCACAACAACAACCACAACAACAACAACCACCACAGCAACAACAACCACCACAGCGGCAUGUGGCUCCUCGUUCCCAAGGGAGCUUCUUUGUCGUGGUCAAAGCCGCCUUGUGCAAGAGGGUUACUGUACCGAUUAUAGCGCGGCGCUGCAACAACCACAACAACCACAGCAGCAACAACAACCACAGUAACAACAACAGCAACAACCACAGCAACAACCACAACAGCAACAACCACAACAGCAACAACAACAGCAACAACCACAGCAACAACAACAGCAACAACCACAGCAACACCAACCACAGCAACAACAACACCCACAACAGCAACACCAACAACCACAGCAACAACAACAGCAACAAUAACAACCACAUCAACAACAACAGCAACCACAGCAAGCACCACAGCAACUGCGUCGUCGUCGUUAAAACGUCGUCGUCGUCACGUCGCGCGAUGGACGACAACCACAACAACCCGGCACCACCUUCUUCUUCUUCGCGGCCGAGCCGCCAGCUCCGCGUGGCCUACGUGGACACGGCCCCCUCGGCCCCCUCGGCCGCCUCGCUCCUGGCGGCGGCCUCCACCACCACCACGGGGGUGGGCGACAGGAGGGAGUCUGCCGCCUCUGCAGGCGAGGGGGCCGCGGGGUUCCCUCCCGAGGGGGUGUCGCUGUCGCUGGCGGCGUCGGUCCCCCCGGGGCUGCUGUGCCUCGCGGCGGCCUGCGAGGCGGUGGGCGCCUGGCUGGAGGCGGUCCCCUUCGGCAGCCUCGACUUCGGGGAGGCGGACGUGCUGGACGCAUUCUACAACGCAGAUGUGGCCGUGGUGGAAAUGAGUGACUUCUUCCACCAGCCCUCGCUGCUCUACCACCUGGGAGUUCGCGAGAGCUUCGACAUGACCAACAACAUCGUUCUGUACAGCGGCUCCGACCCCGACACUCUCAAGGCGUCGUGCGGGAGCUGCACGUUCGUGCCGUACUCGGCGGCGACGGCGCACGGCGUGGCGGUGACGCCGGUGCUGGGCGACCAGGAGGGGGGCGCCCUGCGUCGCGCCUCGCUCGCCCUGCACCACCUCAACUGGGACCCGGGCCUCGGGGCGCUGUGCGUGCCGCUCGCAGACCGCCUCCAGCAGAUCCUGCAGGACGUGCAGGUCACCAGCAGCGUCCUCUGCAAGGACGCGAUCCUCGGUGACAUCCGCCGGGCCCGCGGCAAGUACCAGGGGGAGGAGCUGGCGCGGGAGCUGGCGCGCAUCCGCUCGCGCCUCGACACCACCGAGCUGCUGAGCCCCGACAUCGUCAUCAACCUGCUGCUCUCCUACCGCGACCUGCAGGACUACGACUCGAUGGUGAAGCUGGUGGAGACCCUGGACGCUCUGCCCACGUGCGACCUGGCCAACCAGAACAACAUCAAGUUCCACUACGCGUUCGCCCUCAACAGACGCGGCAGUGCGGGCGACCGCGAGAAGGCGCUGUCGGUGAUGCGUCAGGUGGUGGAGGGCUGCGAGCAGCCCCCCUCCGACAUGCUGUGCCUCUGCGGUCGCAUCUACAAGGACAAGUUCAUGGACUCGGGCUGCAGCGACACGGAGAGCCGCGACAGCGCCCUCGAGUGGUAUCGGAAGGCAUUUGACGUGGAGCCGAGCCUCUACUCCGGGAUUCACUUGGCUUCUCUGCUCAUCGCGUCUGGACAAGACUUUGAAGGCUCCCCGGAGCUACGCAAGAUAGGCAUGAAGCUGAACUCGCUGUUGGGCCGCAAGGGCAGCCUGGAGAAGCUGUCCAGCUACUGGGACGUGGGCCUCUUCAUGGCCGUGAGCCUCCUGGCCGGAGACCACGCCAAGGCCACGCAGGCCGCCGACAAGCUCUACCGCCUGCACCCCCCGUCCUGGUACGUGCGCUCCGUGGUGCAGAACGGGCAGCUGAUCCUGCAGCACAUGCUGCGGGGCGUGGGCACCAAGGCAGUGGCCCUGCAGAGCCGCCUCGACUUCUGGAUCGAGUUCAUGAACACGGCCGGGUCGCUGGGCGAGAGCAGCACCCUGCGCUUCCCGGUGCUGAUCUUUGAGGGCUCCAAGGUGUACCAGCCGUCGUACUUGUCCGUGAACGGUGAAGCGGAAGAGAAGUCCUUCUCCCUCUGGCACGUUGAGCCCCGCGACCUGAAGAAAAUUCACGAGUGGAACUUCAAAGCCGCUGAUAUCCGCGGUGUUAGCAUCUCCAAGUGCGACGAGCGCUGCUGCUUUCUCUACGUCUCCGGCAACUCGGACGACUUCCAGAUUUGCUUCUCGUCUGAGUCGCAAGCCAAGAGGUUCCACGAUCUGGCCAAGGAGGUGAUGGAAGAGCGCGGCUUGGAGCUGGAGGCCGAGGUGGACUGCGGCGUGCUGGAGUGGGACUACGACUACAAUGAGAACGAAGAGAAGUUGGUGCUGGGCCGCGGCACGUUCGGGACGGUGUACGCCGGCCGGGACCUCAGCAACCAGGUCCGCAUCGCCAUCAAGGAGGUGCCCGAGAAGGACCACAGCUUCUCGCAGCCGCUGCACGAGGAGAUCGCUCUGCACAAGCACCUGAAGCACCGCAACAUCGUGCGCUACCUCGGCUCGGUCAGCGAAGGGGGCUUCUUCAAAAUCUUCAUGGAGCAGGUUCCCGGAGGAAGCCUCUCCGCUCUGCUGCGGUCCAAGUGGGGACCGCUGAAGGACAACGAGACCACCAUCGCCUUCUACACCAAGCAGAUCCUCGAGGGCCUCCAGUACCUGCACGAGAACCAGAUCGUGCACAGGGACAUCAAGGGGGACAAUGUCCUCAUCAACACGUACAGCGGAGUGCUCAAGAUAUCGGACUUUGGCACCAGCAAGAGGCUGGCAGGGCUCAAUCCAUCGACAGAGACGUUCACAGGAACCCUGCAGUACAUGGCUCCGGAGAUCAUCGACAGGGGCCCACGUGGCUACGGCAAGCCCGCCGACAUCUGGUCCCUGGGCUGUACCAUCAUCGAGAUGGCCACGGGGAAGCCCCCGUUCUACGAGCUGGGAGAGCCCCAGGCAGCUAUGUUCAAGGUCGGGAUGUUCAAGAUCCACCCGGAGAUCCCCGAGUCGAUGUCGGAGGAUGCCCGAGCCUUCAUCCUGCGCUGCUUCCAGCCGGAGCCGGACUCCCGCGCCGCGGCCGCCGAGCUGCUGGCCGACGCGUUCCUUCGCUCGCCGCCGGGGGGCAGUGGGAGGGCGCGCAGGAGCAAGGGGCAGAGCCGCCAGGGGCCAGAUUACGGCCGCAGCGUGUCGGUGCCCGUGGCGAUCCACGUGGACACGAGCAGCACGGGCAGCGAGAGGGGCUCCUCCUCGUCCGAGUCGGAGUCGCGCACCGACCCCCUCGCGGCCCCGCGGCGCCUCAACAACAACAACAACAACAACCCUCGCGCCCGCAGCCCGCUCUUCCUGGGACUGCCCGAGGAUUCGUCGCCGUCGUACGACCACAGCGCGCCCCCCUCCCCCGAGGAGCGCGACCCUGGCCUCUUCCUGCUGCGCAAGGACAGCGAGCGGCGGGCGACGCUGCACCGCAUCCUCACCGCCGAGCAGGAGCUCGUGGCGGCCAACCUGCGGGACAUCCUCGUCGCGCAGGGCGCGGAGGAGCCGCGUCUGUCGGCGCAGCACGUGUCCCAGCUGAUGGCGUGCCUGCGCGAGUACAUGCGCUCGCCCGACCGCAAGGCCGUGGCCAGCGCCAUCUCGGCGCUCAAGCUGGAGCUGGACUUUGACAGCGUCGCCAUCAACCAGCUGCAGGUGGUGCUCUUCGGAUUCCAGGACGCGGUGAACCGCGUGCUGAAGAACCACAACAUCAAGCCCCACUGGAUGUUUGCCCUGGACAGCCUCAUUCGGAGAGCAGUGCAAGUGGCAAUCACCACCCUCAUACCAGAACUUCAGUCGCACUUCGGCCCGGUGGUCGAGGACGAGCGGGAACGCCGCGGCAAGCCCGGCCGCGCCGGCGUCGCAGCCACCGACGGAGAGGUGGACGAUGACGACGACGACGAGGAGGACGACCGCCACCGCGGCGGCGUCGUCGUCGGGAGAGGGCAGCGCGUCGAGAACGGCGAGGGGGGCGGCGGCUGUCACCACGGAAUCCAGCUGCUGCUGCCACCCCCCGAGGCCGCCGAUGAAGGUCAUGUGACCUCGGGCGUGAGCACCCUGAGCUCCACGCUGUCCCACGACGCUUUGCGGCAGAGCCAGGUGCUGAGUUUGCAGCUGGGACGGCUCAAGAUUGAGAACAGCAGGUUGCUGGAGGAGCUCAUCGACAAGGAGCGCGAGUACCAGACGCUGCUGCAGCUCUCCAUCCAGCAGAGGUCCACCGACAUCGAGAUGCUCCGUACGACCAGCAAGCCAAUCGACAUCCCAAACGAUCGGCCACGUUAUUACGUCACCAAUCACGGCCAAUCAGAAGACCCGGAGCUGGUCAGCUGGCUCAGGGAUCAGGGUGUCUCCCAAAGUGCCAUCGAUAAGUUUGUAGAGGAGGAUUACUCACUGCAGGACAUUUUGGGCUUUGUGAGCAGAGAGGACCUCAAAGCUCUCCAGUUAAGAGGUGGAACCCUGUGCCGAAUAUGGACCGCUAUCCUGGAACACAGACAGACCAAGCACGCCAAGUGAAGUCCGCAUGGCACGUCACGUAACAUCUUGUGCAAGUAACUUGGCAAACUUUAAGACACGCCUCUCCGUCUCGAGGACAAUGAAAUGGUAAAAAGAAAUGAUGACUUCUGAAAGGCAUCGUCAUCUGUUUUUCUCUCUUGGGGACUCACAAACCGCCGUUUUCCACGGGCACAUCAAAGCCGAGCCAGAAGAGGACCGUCGUGGUUCAGGUGUUUGUUUUUCCCCACUCGCCGUUUGCCGUGCCAAGCCAGAACCAAGCCAGACCCAAGCCACGGAUGCGCGGGCCUCACUGGAAGACACCAGGGUCCGACUCGGCCUUAAUCGUGUCGCUCGUGUGCCCCCGGUGUAGACGUCACUUAUCGGGGGAGAGACAAACGUGGUCAGGUGUUCGGUCCAGUACUGGUCACGUCGCUCCUGUGCCAUGCCUACACGUGGGUCUGUGCGUGCGUGUGUGCGUGUGUGCGUGCGUGUGUGCGUGCGUGCGUGAAUGUGUCCGUGCGUGCGUGCGUGCGUGUGUGCGUGCGUGCGUGCGUGCCCCGCAACACAAGGAACUAACCAGCCAAUCACGUGUGCCAAAUGUGCCGCCUGCUCUCCCGAUUGGUUAGCUCCGACAGGAGGAGGGUGGGGGGGGGGCUUAUCGAGCAAAUACAUCUUAGACCAAGGGCCCAUCCGCGAUUGUUUCGCGUGGAUUUUUCUCCGGGUUUUUCCCCUCCAAAGUUAGGAAUCAACAUUGAUGCUUUGAGAGUAUUGGGCUGCUGCUGCUGCGGCUAUGCAUUUCCACGUGGAUGAUGAUGCCACUUCGUUGAGCUCUCCUUUGCCAGGUCGCUUCUGAAAAAAGAUCCACGUAGCAGCUCAGUGGGGGCUUUUUUUUGUUUUUAAAUAGUUUAGCUUGGUUUCCUCGCGGGUGGCACUGCACUGUUGGAGGGGUGUUCCGUGGGCAGCGUUUGCUGCACGGGCCCGCCGGGUGACAAAAACUGUUUGAGAAAAUGAGCACCCACAGGUUCCCGUGGUGCUGGAUUUUGCCAUUGCUGUUUGUAUGGUGGUGGUGGCUCUCGUUGCUGUGCUUAUUUUUUUCAUAGUAGAAGUUAGAUCACGUAAAUGUAAACGUGUCCAUUAUGAACGUUUUUGUGUUAGAUCGCUGUAAGUAUGAAUUUGUCGUAACUCUCCACCACGCGACGCAGCCAGUAAGGUUAGUCAUGUUAACAACAACGCGCCAAUUAGUUUACUACUUCAACCCAGCGGCGUGUUGGAGAGUAAAUCCACAACAUUUACAAUUUGAGUAGUACGACGUUUCGCUGGUAAUCACAACCAGCAUCAUCGGGCGAUUUGCCAGAAUCGUGAAGCCAUCCACGAGCUUGCGGUCUUUAAUAGAGCAACGUCACGUCAUCACUCAUCCAAUCGGGUGCGGAGAGCAGGGGGGGUGUAAUUAUACAACAAUAGAUUGUUCAUCAAAGUUGUGUCUUUAAACUCACCACCACCCGACACAGCCAAUUAGUAAGGUUUGUCACGUGAACAAAAUGUGUCAAUUCGUUGCUAGUACAGCACACCGGGUGUGUUGGAGAGUAAAUCCAAGUGUGGGUUACUUACUAACCUACUAAACCUUAGUUAAUUGUCUAUGUCGGGUGGUGGGCGGGUUUAAUGACACAUUUAUAUUCACGCGAUCCAACCCAAAAACCUCAUGCGUAAUAUUGGCCGUGAAAUACCCGACGACUACUACUACUACGUGUUAAACUCAGUUUUGUCUCGAUGACGUGCCACGCUCCAGUGGCUGUCGGCUUUGGGCGGUGGGCGCUCGUCUUAACGGGUCAGAUCUAAUCCCAUGGUGGCAAUUCCACAUUCCCGUCGCGGGACACGGAAUGUCAUUAACAACACAGUCAAGGGCUUCUGUUAGGCUUGCAUGCUGAAGUGGUGCAGCCUCGCUGGUCACAGUAAUCAUCCCUUGAGAGGUGGUGGUGAUGGUGUACUCAAUUUAACCACCCCAGAGGGAUGAUGAUAUUGAUGAUUUUGCUGGUGGUGGUGGUGGUAAUAGUGUUGAUACUGGUGGUGGUUUGUGGAGCGGUAGUGUAGCAAUUAGCGCACUGCGCUACGAACCUGGAAACCCGGGUUCGAUUUCCGCUCACGGCGAACACCAGGAACGAUUCUCUGAACUGGUCCCGGGCCUUUCCUAGGUCGACUCAGCUUCAAAUGAGUACCUGGUGCAAUGCGUAAACAUCGCCACAGGGGAGACAAAAGCGGCCGGGCGUGGUGCUGGCCACCCACCCCCUCGUGUGCCAUGCCGGCCUUCAUAGGUGCUCGCUAACAGCACUUGCCCCAACAAUCUGUUAAGGCUAUACGGGGGAUCUUUGUCUGGUUACAUACUCAAGUUCACCACGCAAGAGGGAUGAUGAUGAUGGGGGGUGGUGGUGAAAAUUAUAUUGUGGUGGUGGUUUAUUCAAAUUUGACACCCGAGGAGGAUGACGGUGAUUGUGAUGCAGAUUUUUGUGGUCGUGGUGAUGAUGAAGGUGGUGAUGGUGAAAAUUAUUUUUCUUGUGUUGGUGGUGGUGGUAGUGAUAACGAUGAUAUUGUUACAGUAAGGGUGGUAAUGCUUGAUGACGGUGGCGGUUGUGAUAUCGAAUCUGCGAUGACGAUGACGUUACCAGUACUUGGAAGGAUGCGGCCCCGUGCUUUAUCCCAGCGUCACGAUUGGGGCGCCGCAAUUCAAGAAUUGAUUUCUCUUUCGUCUCCUCUGCGGCAUGACCUCCUCGUUGGUAUCGUCUGCUCGCUUUUUCCCGCUUGACUUAAUCCUUAUCCCGUCCCGUCCCUUGUCCGCUCUCUUCCUUCUCCGUUCAAUGUGAUGACUAUAGCUCCCUCCCCUCGUGGUGUCUAUCCGUGGGGAAACAACGUUUUUAUUUCAAUAGAGCCAAAGUCGUAUUUUCUCUGGUGAUGAAAGCUCAUUGUGAAACUUAAGUUAUUAUUGACGUGUGUGUGUGUUACGUUUCAUUUGAAUGCUCAACGCUGCCGUGGCGUCAAAGGUGACGCGCCGGACUUGCGAUCCGGAGGUCGCCGGUUCCUAUUCGAUCUCUCGGCACGGCGGUUGAAACGACGGCGGCGAGUUUCUCAAAUCCGACACCAUCGGCUCUGUCAACUCGGCGGUAUGAACGGGUUGCGUGCGCGGCACGGUGACGCGUGGGUAUUCCUACCUCUGCCAAGACGUCCGGCCAGCGCGGAAGAGUAGGCCAAGUAACCCUCUAGCGGGGCUCUCGAGAGCUUCCUCUCCGCUGGAGGCAUCUCCUUCAGCAGUGGCGCAAGCAAAACGGUUGCAGGGCUGCACCUUUGCCGUUUUGAAAUGUGCAACGUACAGAGUUUGUGAAAUUAAACUUGACAACUCUUCCGUACAUUCACCUUGAAUGGUGACUCCAGCAUGAAAUAAUCAAAGUGACGAAGAUCGAACGAGCUGUAUGCUUUGCUGCUGUCCUUUGGUGGCCCUGACAGAGCCCAUCGGUAGGCAAUUCCACAUUCUCAUGGCAGAGGGGGGUCAGGUCGCUCUGUGGGUGUUGUUGUUGUUGUUGUUGAUGACUUCCCGCAACGUGGUGCUCAUUUAAAUCCACCCCGGAGGGACGAUGAGGCUGUGAGGUGAGCAGGUUUUCAACUUGUGGCCCUAGAUCGUGAGUUGCGUGCUAAUCAUCCACUCGUAAACACUCAUGGCAAUCUAAAACUUAACGCGUGUUCAUAGAAAUGCGACGCGCUUUUCGUGUUCCCGAAGCAGUGCGUUUGUACACAAUGUAUUUCAAUCAAAAAACUGGAACACCGAUUUCACUAAUAUUUAACUGAAUUCGCAACGUUGCAAAUCAAACGCCACUGUACAAUCGUUUUUGUACGUGUAACUCCGUAUUUAAAAUGGAAAGCUACUGUUUUGUUUUAUAACCCAUACUGAUGAAGUGCGCUUUGACUGACGCGUCGUCCGAUCCUGGAAGGGGAGUGUGUUUGUUGUGAAAUUAAAACAUUCAAUUUCGUACAUUUUUCUGCGCGGCAGCAUGGAAUGUUUUGAACGUGUACCGAUUGUUAUUCAUAUCGAAAUAAUAAGACGCGGCGUUUUGUUUGAUACAAUAUAUAUUUUUAAGUUCACUAUAUUGACAACGUACUCAUAAUAAAGGCCGUUUAUCAC